CAUACGUGUAAACAUUUUCUGUGAGUGUAAACAAUAAGUAUACAAUUUAUUUUAUUAAUCCAAUGUAAACAACAAAUAAUAUUAUUAUUAAUAAUAUUUUUUGAAGUUGUUAACUAAUUGACAACUGGGAAAAUCCCCUAUUUGAGGUUAAUAGUACUAUUACAUUUAUUCAUAUUUAUGAAAACCUGUACUGAACUAAUAAGGGUUUCGAAGAGCCAAAAUAUUGGAUAAAAAAUUCUUUUAAGCAACUUUUAUGGUUUUUGGGAAGAAGUGCAUGAUAAAAUAAAAAAUUAAGACCAGUCGAAGGACAACCAUCAAUUUUAAACCCUGAUUGAGGCUCAGCCACUCGACCAAGGAAAUUCAAUAAAUGGAUGCGAUACCUGGGGCCUCUACAAAUGCACCGCAACCGUACAAACCACUUUUAAGUAAUUUUAAGCCUACUGUUAAUCCGGUAAAAGAAAAAAUGUCUGGGGAUAUUAGUCCCCAUCGAGGCAGACCCAAAAAUAAAGGUUUCGAAGAGCUGAACUUCGAACUGAGGCGCAAAGUAUUCAACAACAAAUACAAAUACUACGCGUUGUGCCUUAACUGUAACACGGAACUAAGAAACACUUCGGAAAGUCGCCUAAUAAUUCACAGGAAGAGAUGUAUGGUGAAACAUGAGGAAAGCACCAACGGGGAUUGCUUCAAGGAACUUGCGGAGCCCCCGUCAAUUUUGCACCCCGACUGCAGCAUAGAAACGUUCCUCAACCACCCCAACGUGGAAAUCGAAUACAUGGACACUGUACCUGACACCUUUAUAAGCACCCCAUCCAACAACAAUUCCAUCGUCACCAUUAAAUCAGAAGCUAAAACGAAAAGCCCCUCGAAGAAAAAACGGAAACAAGAAGUGAAAAAUGAGGAAGGAACGCCCGGCGAUUGUGACGUCGGUGAUGCGAUAGGAAAGUUCUUUUUUGGCUGCAACAUACCACUGUCCGUGGUUGAGUCAGACCACUUUGUCAAUUUAAUUAGAGUGCUCAACCCCGGUGUGGUGGGCAAAAUUCCGGGUACGAAUGCUUUGUCCACCAGUAUUUUAGAUAGAAUUUAUAACGAAUGUAACGCCAACGUGGGUCCACACUCAGUGAUGCUCAUUGAUGGCUGGAAGUCAUCAAAUAUGACAACUGUAGCUACAAUGAUACACAAUGCCAACAGUUCUUCAGCAUUUCUACUUAGUGACGUUGGGGGUAUACAAGAAAUUGUAGAAAAGUCCCUCAGAAUAGCCAAAGGAAAGUACAAAACUGACGUUUAUUGUAUAGUGUCAGAGAACGCAGGUGUUUUGAAAGAAAACCUGACGAUGUAUAGUAUGUGGUACAGCAACUGCAACAGCCACACCGGCAACCUGUUGGCCAAAGACUUGCUGUCUAUCCACCAGCCUUGUCUGGACAAAGCAUUGUCAAUAUUAACUGAAUUUUCAAACUCCGACCUGCAACGGGCACUAACGGAAAACGGGGGGCAACAAAUUAAGCUUCUGGGUGACACGUGCGAGUCCCAGAGGGACGCGAUCUCUAGCCUCCUCUUCAACUUGAAGGUGAUGAAGAAAGUUGUCCCUAACAGCAACAAAAUCAAAGAGUUAUUGUUUGACAACAGUUUGGAGCCAAGUUGUGAACGUCUAGUUAAGCUUUUGAUACCAAUUUGUGCAUUAGUAAACGCCGCCCAGGAGCCUUCGUGCACUCUGGUUGACAUAGCGGGGCUAUGGCUUAAGUUGGCCUACAAUCCAAUUUACUCGUCGGGUGUUGUGGGGGAAUUAGUUAGAAAACACAUGGAGUGUUCGUUGAACGUCUACGCCCUGAGUGCGUAUUAUUUUUCAAUGGGUAACAAGUCCGUUAAUUUGUCUAAGGCUCAACAAUCCACUGUAGACGAGUUCCUGAUAGUGGAACUGGACAAAAACGGUCUAGAACAACUGAUUCAUUUCAAAGAAUGCACGGGUUUGUUCCGUUCGUUAAUGGAGAAAAAUAUUACCGACUCUUUGAUAUUUUGGAAGACUGCUAGUGUUAAAUAUCCCGAACUUUCGCAGUUUGUGAUCAAGUUGCUGCAAAUUCCCGCGUCCUGCGCACAAGUACAACGUUUAUUUACGAAUUCUAACGUCCACUCGAGGCAUCACAACAAGUUGACUCUGGAAAGAUAUAAUAAACUAUUACAUGUGUAUUAUUCAUUGAAGCUGAAAGAUGCACAUAAAUCAGAUGAGUAUUGAAGGCGUUUUAAAUUUAUAUAUUAUAUUGUGUAGUCAAUUUAUGUAUUAUAUUUAGUAUGUAAUAAAUAUUGUUAUUUGUCCCUUUAAA